UAUCUUCGCCUAAUGAUCAUGGUUCUGUGUCUUCACCUAAUAAUAGUGGUCUAGUGUCUUCGCCUAAUAAUUGUGGUCUAGUGUCUUCGUCUCAAAAUUAUAUGUCUUUACAUAAUAAUAAUGUAAUGUUUGCUUCUGAUAACUGUAGUUUAGUAUCUUCACCUAAUGAUUGUGGUUCUGUGUCUUCACCUAAUAAUGGUAGUCUGGUGUCUUCGUCUAAUAAUUGUGGUUUGGUGUCUUUGCCCCAAAAUUCUGUGUCUUUAUAUAAUAAUAAUGUAUCUUCACCUAAUGAUUAUAGUUCUGUAUCUUCGCCUAAUAAUUGUGGCUCUGUGUCUUUGCCUAAUAAUUGUGGCUCUGUGUCUUUAUCUAAUAAUGGUGGUCUGGUGUCUUUGCCCCAAAAUUAUGUGUCUUUAUAUAAUAAUAAUGCUCUUGCUGAUAUAACAAAUAAUCAUACAAAUUCUGAGCAACAUGAAAUAUUACAUGACGCAGCAUGGCGCAACCUUCAGGAUUAUACUGAUAAAAUGUCGCAUCAAAUGUUAAAAAAAAAGAAGAUUUUAGAGAAAAUUGAUGAUCAAUAUCAAUUGGGUUGUAAAUUUGGUGUAAUUAAUAUAUGUUACACCUCAGGUGAGCUUGAGGCACUUGAAGCUACCACCUAUUCUGAACUUAAUAACAUUCUUUCAAACCAAUUGAAUGUUCUAUAG